CGAAUGCUGCGAACGAACAGAGAAACAGGUGAUUUCGAUCCUUGGUUUCGAUAAGGUCGUCUUCGUUUUGAGGUGGUAAUAUAAUGGUCGAUAUCUUCAAGUACUGGAGCGAAAGGAUGACGGGCUUCCUUUCACCCACACAGCUGAAGAGAUUGAAAGAGCACAAAUACAAGUGCGAGAAUACAUCUGUGCUUGAUCCAUAUAUGCAGGUGUUUUGGAACUCUAGCAUCGAACAUAUUCCAAGAUGGAUGGCGCCAAAUACACUGACCAUCCUGGGACUUGCAAUAAACAUCUUUACAUCACUAUUGUUGAUCUUCUACAGUCCAGAUGCACGGAGCGAAGCACCAUCGUGGGUGUAUGUGCUCUGCGCCAUCGGUCUCUUCGUCUAUCAGACGCUGGACGCACUUGAUGGUAAGCAGGCACGCCGGACAGGCACCUCCAGCCCGUUGGGAGAGCUGUUCGACCACGGAUGCGACUCGGUUUCCACCGUGUUUGUCACGCUGGCCUGCUGCGUGUCGCUGCAGCUAGGCCGGCAGCCGGAGGUUCUGUUUGCUGUCAUGAUGUUCAGCCUGUUCCUGUUCUACCAGGCACACUGGACGACAUACGUCUGUGGAUACCUCCGAUUCGGAUACAUUGACGUAACAGAAACGCAAGUCGCAGCUGUAGGAAUGUACUUGGCGUCGGCUGUGUUUGGCUCGGUCGUGUGGGAAGCCCACAUCCCCGUCGUCGGGGUGCCGUUGUGGGUGCUGCCCGUAGUGUUUGUCUUCCUGGGAGGUGGAAUUGCCUCACGUAGUAUGAUCAACGUGAUUUUCACGGGAGGAGUUGGAAAGAACAAGUCAACUGUCGCCGACACGAGCGUGUUGUUUCCUCUCAUUCCGAUCCUGACGACAAUCAUACCCGCAUACAUCAUCUAUAAGAAGUCACCGAGUGCUCUGUUCGAGAAUCAUCCCUGUCUCUACAUCAUCGCAUUCGGUCUUGUGUCUUCCAAGAUCACCAACCGACUCGUGGUAGCGCACAUGACAAAGAGCGAGCUGGAUAUGUGGGAUUCGUCAUUAAGGGGCCCGGCGAUGCUCUUCCUCAACCAGUACUUCAACACUCCGCUCAGCGAGUACACGGUGUUGUGGUUCUGUGUGCUGUACUGCCUCUUCGACCUUGUACAGUACAGCACGCGGGUGUGCCAGCAGAUCUGCAGCUAUCUCAACAUCUACUGCUUCUCCAUCGAGAUGCCCGCGAAGGCGCCAGCCCCCGAACCUAGCGACCCGAAGCGACCAAUCACGCGGCUCUACUCCCGCAGCCGCGAGAACUUAGAGUGAAACUGAGCGGGAAGAAGCUGGUGGCCAUAUUAGUCGAAGUGCGAGCAAAGCGCCACCUGGUGGCAGUUGACCACCGAGUUGGUGAACGUUGCCUUGCUGGUUGUGUCUCAGCUGCUGCAGGUGUCGUCGCGCGUGAUGAGCGAGUCAGCAGCGUCGUGUCAUUGGUUGGGGGUCAGCCCCGUCUCAAUGGUCGGCGCGCGAAUGUCCCAGGUUGAGAGGUCAGGGUCGGCAGUAUGACGCUGCGUGGGCGGCAGUUGUCUAGAAGGCACGCUCAUGUGUUUUUAUCUGUCCACUGUGGGAUGCGGCAAUUUGAUCUUCGAAUAGAUGUGCUUUUUGAGCUUGCAGGAUAAUUGCAGUGAUGCCUUCUAAAGAGAUCUUCCUGUAAAUGUAUAGAACAAAUACAUUAAGGGAAAAUAUCAGGUUUUUAUGCCCUAUUCGAUGUUAGUGUGGCGACAGGGGGAGGGGGGGGGACUAGCACAUUAUUCUGCAAUGCUAGUGAUCCGUAUCCUUCCUAUGGGUUCGUAACUGUGACUGCUGAGAAAACUUUGCCAUAUGAACGGUGCUGUCACCUAGCGAUCAGUGCAUGCGCUUGAACAAUUGAGAAUUCGAGUGCUUUGUGUCAUGUAGCCCCUGGGGCAGAGGGAGGGGGUAACUACUCGUUUGAUGACCACUACUGUUGCUCCCAAUGGUGGUAGAAUUUCACAUUCACUUGGCAAAGCUGUUGAUCCUUGGCAGUCAGCAGUGUUCUUUACAUUCCUAUGUUCGUAUGAGAUUUUUGCAUGCAGCUGUCAUGAUAACGACGACACAUAAUACAACAGAGGCAAUUAAUAACGAUUGAUUGAAUUUGCCCAAGUAGGAAUGUUCAAAUGUGAUGGGACAAUACGAGUUGGUGUCGUGUGUAUCUUGUGACAGCUCUUGGCAGACUGGCUAGAUGUUGUUAUUAUUGUUUGUGUGCCAUAUACCCAUAACAAUCACUUGUUUGUGUUUCUUAUGCUGAUGCAAUGUUACUGUUCAUCGCACGCGAAAUGUUCUGUGAAAUAGGUGUAUGACUUGCAUGAAUAUGAAUAGUUAUAGAGUGAAACAUAAAUAUUUGAAGGAAAGCAGAGGUCACCUUCAAGCUUUCAGUAUGACCUUUAGCAAGGUUGCUCACGGCCAUUCUACAAAAUGGCUAGAGCAUUCUAUCAGGAGUCUAUCAAUAUUGAUAUAUAUAUAUAUAUAUAUUGAUAGACUCCUGAUUCUAUCAUGCUAUGCAGGAGAUUUGGUCUGGAAACUGUAAUGGUUAUAUUCCUGGAUUGAGUUUUUAUUUGAGAAGUUCUAUCGUAAAUUCUCUUCUCUGCUCGUAUAAUCGGUAACCAUUUAGUAGCCAAUCCUCGAGUGCCAAUGCCAGUUCAUUCUAAAUAUUUGUUCAUGGUAGAUAGCCAGUGGCAACGUUUUUUAUCGAUUUAUUUUAAACAGUCAUAACAUUGUUUUAUUAUUACUGUUUAAAAGUGAAGUGGACACAUUGAUGUUUUAUCAUUAUUUUUUUAAAUUGCCACAAAUCUUUCCAACUUAUUCAUGUCCCAUCAAUCAUCAGAAAAUCAGUAAAUUUGUAACAUGUACUUCUAUAAAUCUUACCUAUAUAAAUAAUAACCACAUCGGCACAGACUUGGAAUGCACACUGAAAACUAUAAAUAUUGGCUACCAUGCAGCAGUUACUUUGCAUGUUCGUUCAGGCACUACCAUUGUACGUAAAAUGUUGCACCAUACAAAAUUUUUAUUAUUAUUAUUAAUAUUAUUAUUAUUGUCGUAGUUGUUAUUGUUAUUGUUCUCCUUCUUGCAUACGUGUGCGCGUGCGGUGUGUAUGCAUUAUUAAUUGUGACAGUGGAGGAAAAGUGUGACACGAUGAGGUGUUAAUUAAACGAGUCGUCGGUGACGUUGUAUAGAUAGUAAACAUUUCUUUCACUGUACACCAUCGUUUACAAAUACAAGAGCAGUGUCGCUGGUAGCUGCUCGAUGCAACGUGAAAAAUA